UUUUAGCAUGACACUUGGUAUUGAUAAGGGAUCAAUGGCAGAUGGAAAUGUUGAAGAGCAAGAGGUAGAUAUUCCUGAGACGAGUAUUAGCUUAGAAGAAGAAGCGAAUGAAAGAAAGCGACGACUGAAGGAAAUGCGUGAACGAAUGACUCAACAACAGGAGGAUGAUGGGACAGAGUUAUCAAAUAAGUCGGUAAAGCUUACAUUUCGGAGUUAUGAACCGCAGAGUGAUUUGGGUGAUAAACGUGAUGGUGUAGAUUUGUUUGCUGUCGAGAAAGAAAUUGCUGAUCAGUUAGCAGACACUCAAGAUACUAGGGCUGUGGAACAGAUUGAUAUCACAACAUUGGCACCGCGAAAGAUUGACUGGGACCUGAAACGUGAUAUUGCGGAGAGGUUGGAAAAAUUAGAAAGACGAACAGAGCGUGCGAUGGCUCAGUUGAUUCGUGAACGAUUGAAAACUGGGAAGGCCGAAUUAGCCGAUGCUGUUAAUUCGGGUGCUUAUAGCGAAUUGCAACCUGAUGAUUGAAGACUGAGCCAUCGCAUAUAUCACGAAUACAUGCAAACUAAUAAGUUUGUUCUUGUUUACCUAACUACAGAUGAAUGUUGCUUCUCGAUGUCAGUUUUAAUUUUUUGUUAAUUUGUGGAGAAUUUCAUUAAGAAAAUUAUACUUGACAAAACUAUACCUGAAAAUUAUUCCUUUUUUCGUUUGUUUUUAUCAUUACAACCAUUUCUUUCCUCAUUUAUUAGAUGCAUGCCGUUCGUUGUAUGGAAUAGCUCUCUUUUCUUUUUCUUUCUUUUUUUUCUGGACACAUUUCUCCGAGUUGUUCUGAUAAUAGCCAAGUAUUUUAUUCACUUUUGCAUAUCACAGUUUGCAAAAAAUAUCCGAACUUUUUCAUUUUUCUUUGUGCAAACUUUUGAAUGGAAGUGUUUUUGAUUGUAAAUAAAUG